CCCAGAGUGCAUCGGGAGUCGGGCUCGCGGCGCGUGCGCAGGAUGAGGCCCGCUAAAGCCGCGGGUCGGUUUGAAGCGGGGAAGGAGCUCCAUGGAAACGGGGCCGCGAAGUGUCAGCGAGCGCGGUAACGGCCGGGUGCGGGGCAGCUAUGGCCAGGCCGCCCAUCGCCCCCAUGAGCGUCAGCGCCACCGCGCCCGAAGCCUUCGCCGUGCUCCAGCAGAGGAUGAGCGUGGUUGAAGAACAGACCAGCGCGCUGGCGAGAGACCUGGAGCUGCUCGGCGUGAACGGACAGAGCCUUGAUCUCUUCCAUUCAAAGCCCUUAGAGACACCUGGGAGCCACCAGCCCGUUAGCCCUGUUCGGGCCCGGGUAGCGUUUGUAGGUGAAAGUGACAUGCUAUGGAAGAACUGUGACUCUCUAGUGAAUCGAAUGUGCCGGCUGGAGAGUGUUGUGCAGACCUUGAAGCUAAACCUCUUCCGGUUGCAGACAGAAAAGGAGCUGAAUCCCAAGCAUGCAGCCCAUCUGGAACAGCGUAUGAACGCAAUGCAGGAAGAACACUUGCAGGAACUGAAGGUUGUACAGCUCGAGGCAAUGAAGUUGCGCCAACAGCUAAGUGAGGCAAAAGAAGAUGUAGAAAAGGCACAGGAAGAAGUUCAAAGAUUAAGUGCUGCUUUGGAAAUUGCCACAGCAACCAAGACAAAUGUAGCCAUUGCAGCAGAGGAGCUGAGGACAACAAAACACAUAAUGAACCAUAGACUUCAGGAGCUAAGGGAGCAGCUUUCCCAAGAGGCAAGCCUGCGGGAGUCUUUGGAGGAAUCCCAAGCGACCAUGCUGAGACGUGUGCAGGAUAUGGAGAUAACAGUAGAGGCAGAACGGGAACAGGUACAGGUACUGCAGCAGGACUGCCAUGGCCUGCACAAGGAUAUCCAGCUUGCCCGAGAGAGGUUACAGAAGGAGGAGGAGAGAACUGCACAACUGGGGCAGGAGUGUACACAGCUGAAAGCUGACCUGGAUUCCAGAAACUGCAUCAUUUCCCAGCUCAGUGAGGAAGCAAAAAAUGCACAGCUGUCUUUCAGCAAAGAACAUGAGGAAAAUGUGCAACUGCGAUCUGAAAUAACAGCUCUGCGAGAGACAGCAGAGAAAGUACAGAUCAUUAAUGACCAGUUGAACCAACAAUGCUCAGAACUGAGUGCUACACUUCGAAGCAUUUCCAUGGAGAAUGCUAAACUGAUUUCAGAUCAUCAGGCCAUGCUUAAGGCAGAACAGGAGAGGAUGACUCAGAAACUGCUGGAACAAGACUUGCUGCUGGAUGCUGCCCGUGCCAACAUUAUAGGAGAGCUGCAAAGCAUGCAGAACGAAAAAGCCCAACUUCAAAAAGAGCUGGGGGCCUUGCACACGGAGCAUGCUGGCUGCAGACAAAAAGCAUGCCUAGCUGAGGAGAUGACAACCACACAGAAGGUGCUCUUGGAGUCUACUAUUGCUAGACUUCGAGGUGAACUGGAGACAGCACUGAAAGAGAGAGGAUCUCUACUGAUGGAGAAGGAGAGUCUUCAGCAAGAAAUGAAGAAAACAGCAAGUGAUGUAACACAGGAGAGGAACAAACUGGAAGUGGAACUAACUGGGAACAAGCUAGAAAUGGGUGCUAUGAGAUCCACGCUGCAGAAUCUGGAGAAGGAGAACAAGAGGCUAAUGGAUCGCUUGGUGGCACUGGAACACCAGCAGUAUGCUCAACAGCAGGUCGAACAGGUUCUAGCAGAGCUGACUGACAGUAAGAAUAAACUGGCCUACGACAAAGGAAAGCUUCAGACCAAAGUACAGCAGCUGGAGGAAGAACUGCAAUCUCUUGCAGAUGCACAUUCAGAGAAUAGCCACCUUCGCAAGCUGAAUACAGCCUUGGAGACCAAAUAUACUCAGGUGAAUGUAGAAUUUGGCUCUGUCAAGAUUAACAUGCAAAGGAUGGAAGCUCAGCUGAAGCAGGCACAGACCACCCUUGAACAGAAAGAAGAAGAAUUUUCUAUUGCAAUCAAGUCCCGUGAUGAGGCAUUGCGAGAGAGUCAGAAAAUUAAGGGGCACAUGGAAGCCAUGGAAGAGAGGGAGAAGCAAAAGAUGGCAACCUUAAAGCGCCAGCUAGAGGAGGCAAAGGAGGAUAACGACAAGGUGACAGCUGUGCUGGAGAAUGUGCUGGCUUCUCACAGCAGGAUGCAGGCAGCUCUGGAGAAGGUGCAAACUGAGCUGGGGCGCAAGGAUUCUGAGAUCACAGGGCUCAGAAAAGACAGGACCCAGAACCAACAAAAAAUCCAGAGGUUAGAGGUAGAAUUGGAACAGUACCAGGCCAAACUGGUUGUCAUAGAAACUCAGCACAAUAGUCAGGUGGAUCCACUUUGUAAAGCACUAGAAGUCGCUAGAGCAGACAACAAGAAACUUGCUUUGAGUUUGGAACAAGCUCUGCAGGCCAAUAGUACCCUGCAGAGCAAGCUGAUACAUACUCAGGAAGAACUGGACAGGAAAGAAAUUGAGCAUCAGCAAUUGAUGGCCUGCAGGGAGCAGCUAAUUGAAGAAGCCACAAUGGAAGAAAGGCUGUAUUCCGAACGCUUGGAGUCCUUGAAGAAGCAGUUUCAGAUGGAGCGAGAGGCUAUGAGGAAAGCAGGUCACAGGGAAUCUGCUGAGCUGAAGAAGGCCCUUGAAGAGGCUUCUUCUAAAUCUGCUGAAGUGUCCCGGGCUAACAGGGAGCUGCGGCAGAAAAUAAUGGAGUUGGAAAAGUCCCUGGUCAGUUACAAGGGGAAGCUAAAGAGCCAAAGAGCUCAAAUCAGACACUACUUGGCUUCCAAGGCUAACAACAUCCAGAACACAGAGCGGAUAAAGGAGAUUGAAUCUGAGCUGAGGCAAAUGGAGCUGAUCAAGGAGCAGUAUCAGAAGAAAAACUAUGAGCAGUCACAGAGCAUCCAGAAAUUCAUGACAGAGUUAACAAGUCUUCAGAGUGAGAUGCAGACCUUGGCCAAAAACCAGCACGAAGUGGCAACACGGAACAGGCAGCUGGAGACCCAGCUGGAAAUGGAGCAGAAAGUGCGGCAGCAUCUAGAAAACCAGUGUCAGAAGCUAGACGAUACAGUCAAACACUUAAAGAAAUGCAAAGAGGAAACGGAGCAGAAACUGAAAGAAGCCAGCGUAGAAUCGGAACAGAUCACAGCUAACCUGGAGGAAGCUCACCACUGGUUCAAAUCUAAGUUUGACAGCCUGCAGCUCGAGCUAGUGAAAAACAAACAGCAGAAUAUCCCCAGUGAAAGGAACUAUGGCAAGGAGAUGGAGAAGGAAAAAGCUGUGAAACUCCCUAGCCAAGCCUCCCUGAAUCGCUGGGAGACUAAACAGCAGCUCAAACUCAUCUCCAGGAAGUACCAAUCAGAGCUAGACAGGAAGUGAUGUCAGCUAACCCAGGCGAUUCCAGGCUGCCAUACCACCCUGCAGCUGUGAACACCACAGUUCAGACCAGUUCUUCACAUGCUGGAAGAUGAGCCCUAAGGCUGAAGUAUUUUGAUCUAUAAGCAUCUGCAUAUUUCAGAAGAUUUUUAAGUGGGUAUAAGCAGAGGUCCUGUAUGAACUGGGUCUGCUCUGUAUCAGUGAGGAUGACCCUUCAAAUAAAAUGCACAUUGACUGGCUGGCUGAUAGACCAGUGCAGGCAGGUUUUGGAAUAUUAAUUUAAAUUGUGUACUCCAGUUCAGCUUAGCUAAUGAGUCUCACCUGUCUGACACAUACUAGAAUGUAUCAGUUUGUGAAGCAGAUGUCCAUUUCCCCCAUCCUAACAUGGUCUUUGAGUGUGACUAAUUUGUGUAAAUGCUUCAUCAUGGAACCAUAAUUUAUAACAAAGAAAUUAUUCCUCUCUCUACAGCUUCCUAUACAAGUAAGUUUAUGUUCUGGAUCUUUGUCUCCAGUCACAUCUCUCAUUUGUGUUUUAGCAGCGCAAGAGGAGGGUAGUGGGUUGGAAUGAGCCCUGCAAAGUGAGGAGGCAUCAUUAUUAUUGAGAGCUCAGAUUGCUGUGCAGGGAUUCUGCCUAUCCAGAGGAUGGUCUACUGGAUUCCUAGGCUGGUGAUGGUAAACGUGCUGAAACAGGACGGUUGUCCACUGUUGGAUACUGAUGGUUGCCUGACCAGUACAGGGAGAAUCCCUUCUUAGCUGAUGGGUAGUAGCAGUAAAAGGAGCCCUGGGCCUGGGCACAGAGAGGAGGACAGUGUCCUUGGGCACUUGCAGGAGCCCUGUCUUUGCGCAAGGCUCCAUUGCUAGAAGGUGCUCCAUGUGGGUGUGAGAGGCUGCCCGGUGGAACACCUUGCACCAUUGGUACCCAAUGUCAUUAAUAGAGUUGGUUAAUUCUGCCCCACCAUGGAACAAGCUACCCAAAGGGCAGGAGGUGUCCAGAGCAGGGGGUUAAGACUUUAACUACCAUUCCCUUAUGCUAUAGAAACAGACAAUUUUCAUCCAUUGUUCAGUUAAUGAGCACUUAUGAGUAGCUCAGAGUCCCUCCUUAAAACUCUGUCUGCCUCGGCUUACAGUGUAACCCAGCUACAUCAGAUGUGCUGUUACACACCUAAUUUUAAUUUAAUAAUUGCAGCGCUGUUUCCUAAGCAUCCUCCAGUUGUCUGAUCCAUUUGUUUCUGUGGAGCUAGUUUGAAGCUCUGUGGGGCAGAAGCCAUCCCUUCCGCUGUGGUGUGUACAGGACCAAGCAUAUUGCUGGGACUCGGCAAAUAAUCAUUCCACCCAUUUUAUAUACCUACCUUUGUAGCAUAAUUAGGUUUAUAUGACAACAGCCUGAACCAUUGUUUUAGGCCUGGUCCUGCUCCUAUUGCUCUCAAUGGGUAUUUUGCCAUUGACAUCAGUGAAAACAGGCUCAGACCCUUAGUGAUUAAGCACUUGAUUGGAAGCCCAUUAAAGCUAAUAGGUACCUUUCAUUAACUUCAGUAGCCUUUGGCUCAGGCCCUAAAUCCUAAUGUUGCUGAAAUUCCUAAGCAGCAGACGCCUUCAAUACAACCUUACGUUCCUCCUCCCAAGGGCGAGCUGAGUUUCUACAUACCACAUCACUUCUGAGUGGCGGGGUUAAAAUGAGCCUAGGUGUAGGAUUCCGUCCUAGAGUCCUGUUCUCCUCUCAGGUCAGUGUCAGUAGUGUAGUCUAACUCUGCCAACUUUAGCACCAAGCUGUAGGCAGAGCCUGAAACCCACCUAGCGUGGCACUGGCUACCUUAGCUCACACUGCAUCUAUUUGAUCUAGUUAAGCUAUGUGGCUAACUGUUAAUGACAACACACACUGCCCUUCAUCUAGAAAGAGAUGCUAUGAGGUAUGGUCCAGGGGCAGGGGAAGACAGCUCCACAUGCUACCAUCCAGUUUCCUUUCUUAGGAGUUGUUGCUACCAAGGAGCCACUGUUUUAGUGAUUAGUGGGCAUGGAUUCCUUCUUUCAUCAGGCCCUCUUCACAGAUACAGGGCACUAGAGUGCUGUAUGUAUAGAUAUCUAAUCUGCUGACUCUGUAUUUAAAUCAUUAAAUCUGCUUUAAUUACUACA